UAUCUACGCUCCAACGUCCCGCCGUGGCCGUGACUGCCCUUCAUCCGUCCACAUCCUACUAGGCUCGACUCCCACAAGCACGCAAAAAUGGCCCUGCUCAAGUCCAACAAAGUGUUCGUCUGUUUGGGAAACAUGACCCCUUCUCUCGGGGUUUUGUCUGCCCGUAACAGCUCGUGGUGGGGAGGGGUGCAGAUGGGCCCCCCUGAUCCCAUCCUUGGGGUGACCGAAGCCUUCAAGAGGGACACCAACCCCAAGAAGAUGAACCUUGGUGUGGGAGCCUACAGGGAUGACCAGGGCAAGCCCUUCGUACUCAGCUGCGUUCGCAAGGCAGAGGCCUUGAUUGCAGCUAAACAGCUGGACAAGGAAUAUCUUCCAAUUGGUGGUUUGGGAGAUUUUGCCAAAGCGUGUGCCCAACUUGCUCUUGGAGAUGAUAAUGAGGUCUUAAAGAGUGGCAGGAGCAUCACUGUGCAGACCAUCUCAGGAACUGGAUCGCUGCGCAUUGGAGCAAACUUUUUGUCUCGGUUCCACGCAGGCCCUCGUGAUGUGUACUUGCCCAAGCCUUCCUGGGGUAACCACACACCCAUCUUCAGAGACGCUGGCAUGCAGCUCAAAGCAUACCGCUACUAUGACCCCUCCACAUGUGGCUUUGAUUUCAGCGGCGCUUUGGAGGACAUCUCUAAAAUCCCAGAGCAGAGUGUGAUCUUAUUACAUGCCUGUGCCCAUAACCCCACCGGUGUGGACCCCAGGACCGAGCAGUGGAAAGAGAUAUCUGACAUUGUGAAGAAGCGAAACUUGCUGGUGUUCUUCGAUAUGGCAUACCAGGGCUUCGCAAGUGGAGACAUUGACCGCGACGCCUGGGCUGUGCGGUACUUUAUCGAGCAGGGCCACAACAUCGUGUUGUCCCAGUCCUUCGCUAAGAACAUGGGGCUCUAUGGUGAGCGUGUGGGAGGUUUCACUAUAGUUUGUAAGGACAGUGAGGAGGCAAAGAGGGUGGAAUCUCAACUCAAGAUCCUGAUUCGGCCCAUUUACUCCAACCCGCCAAUGAAUGGCGCGAGAAUUGCUACAACGAUUCUUACCACGCCAGAUCUGCGUGCACUUUGGCUAGAGGAAGUUCACGGAAUGGCCAAUCGCAUCAUCAAGAUGAGAGAACAGUUGGAGGCCGGCCUGAAAAAGAAUGGCUCCACCCACAAUUGGCAGCAUGUCAUCGACCAGAUCGGCAUGUUCUGCUUCACUGGCCUGAAACCUGAACAGGUUGAGCGCAUAACGAAAGAGUUUUCCGUGUACAUGACUAAGGAUGGCAGAAUCUCAAUGGCAGGCGUAUCCUCCGGGAAUGUGGAAUACCUGGCUGAGGCGAUCCAUGCCGUUUCAAAGUAGAAUGAACAACGCUAGGAGAGGAGCAACACCCAGGCGGCGAAGUUGAAGAUUUGAUACGUGACUUGAUCUCUUCUGAUCAUUUCUAAGUAUACAGUUAGGCAUUUUAUCAGACUUUGUCACGCUACUGUCCAACUUGUUGCAGGUAAAAUGGUUUACUUUUUGGGGGGAUUUAUUUUGGUUCCAAAACAAUGUAAUUAAACAACAGCCCAUUUUGCUACAUUGAUCACUUUAAGAUGACUGAGAUAUAUAGUAAAGCUUUUGUCAAAAUGUAUUUAUUGUGUGGAACAAACUUGACUGCUGUUUUGCUUUUGACACACUCACUUUACCAUCAGGGUAAUAGUUAGACAAUAGCACGUGUAAAUGUCGUCUUUUUGUGUUGCACUUUAUUCAAAGAAAAGCACUGGGACUUUUGAGAUUACGCUGGCACUCUUUUUUUUCUUUUUUUUUUUUUUUUUUUUUGGUGGGGGGGAAUAAUCCAGGGUCUGAUUAGUUCGUCACCCGACCUAAUCAGCUUUUAGGUAGUUUUAUGUUUCGUCACGCUUCUGCAUUUAAAUGAUCUUGCGCAGUCUUAGUAGUUUUUACUUUUGAGUGUUGUCGUUUGCAGAGCAGCAGUUUCUCAGUCAUGUCAUUUCAUCCCUUAUAUUUGUCACGCAAGACAAAAUACUAAUUGAGCUCGAUACAUUAAUAAAUGGGUGGUGUAUGAUUGACACAGAGAGGGUUUUUCGGUUUCUCAUUGUCACAUUUAUAUAAUAGCAUUCAAUAUGGGUGCAGGGUUCUCGAGGCUUUAAGAAAGAUAAAAAUGUCAGUUGGUUCAUUAACAUUUGAGCGUUGAGGGUAUUCGAAUGUGAAACGUUACAUUUGCCUCUGUAUUCUGCAUAGUCAAACAUUGCUCAUGUGAAUUUCAGAACAAUAAAAAAAUAUAUAUAUGUAGAGUAAUUCUGUUCUUGUCUUUAUUCUACUUUGGUAAGUAAUGUACAGUUAAUAGUCCAACAGGCAGAAUGAUUUUUAAGUGGUACUAGGUGAUGAUACAACAAGUUCUAAUU